GGAAUAUGAGGCACAUCAUGGUCUGGCACGUUCACGAGGUGUGGGGACAGGCUAGGCAGGUACCGAUCCUUUCAGAGGGGCAUUUGGUGGGAUGGAUGACGAGGAUGUGAUUGACCUCGAUGAGGACCACUGUCUGGAUGUUGGGCUCGUUGAUAAUGCCAGGCAGCGAGGCAAGGAAAAGACAACGCCUGCUCCUGACGCAGAGGACGAGUUGGAGGGGGGGGUUGGCACUUCGUCGGGUGCGGAUCAGUUUAUGCAUAAGGCACAGCAGGCUUCAUGUGCCCAAUCACAGCAAGAUGUUGACGAUUUGGCAAUGGUGACCAUUUUGGGGAAGAGGAAAGAGGUUGGUGGAAGUGGGGCAGACACAGUGGGGAAGAAGAGGCUCAAACAAGAGAGGGUGGACGAGGCUUAUGCUGGGGAUUGGGAGACAGAGCUCAAAAGACUCUUCCUGCGAUUUGUGUAUAGCAAUGGCAUUCCAUUCAAUGUCUUUCGCAGCAACUUUUGGAGGGAUAGGCAGGAGCAUCUGCUUAGGCUGUCUGUACGGGUGAAGUUGGACACACCAGAUUAUCAUGAGAUUGCCGCCGAGAAAACAUUGGAGAGGGAGAGGCUAGAGUUAGUGCGAGAGUUAGGCAUUGUUAGGGAACCGGCCUUGGAUGAGACAGAUGCUACCAUCCUCUCGGAUCGUAGCGUUGGGACAUGCAAAACCUUUAUUGAAAGAUAGAGACCAGCCCGAGCUGAUGCUAGGGGUGCUGAUAAGAGCAGGCACCACCAGCACUCCUGGGGAGGCUCCAUCUA